GGAGCACUUAUACACAUCAUCACAUAAAACGCUCAGCAGCUUUGAUUUCUUAAAUCUUUUAAAGUUCAGAAUUUGAUUCAUUACCUUCAAAUAUCAUACCACAAAGAUUGUUUCUCCAUCAAAAUCAGUUUGUAUACAAGAUACUUGAAGGGUAUGUCUAGCAGGAUGUUUUCUAGGAGUUUGUAUAAUUUACGGAAUUUAUCGAGAAGGAGCGGCUUUAGACCUGCAGUUAUUGCAGCUGUCCAGCCUCAUGUUUGGAAUAGGUCUUAUGUGAGCACUCCUCAGCCUGCAGCUUCGGCGUCUACUUCUUCGUUGAAUCAAGCCGAACUAGCUAAAUUUGCGGCUAUAGCUGAUAGUUGGUGGGAUGCAGAAGGACCCUUCAAGCCGUUGCAUGUCAUGAAUCCUACAAGACUAGCUUUUAUUCGGUCGACUCUUUGCAGACAUUUUGGCAAGGAUCCAUUUUCUGCAAGACCAUUUGAAGGACUAAAAUUUAUAGAUGUUGGUUGUGGAGGAGGUAUCUUAUCUGAGCCUUUGGCACGCAUGGGAGCUUCAGUGACGGGAAUUGAUGCUGUGGAUAAGAACAUCAAGAUUGCACGUCUUCAUGCAGAAUUGGAUCCAGUAGCUUCCUCAAUUGAAUAUCGUUGCACAACUGCUGAAAAUUUGGUUGAGGAGAAGGAGGAGUUUGAUGCUGUUCUAGCAUUGGAGGUAAUUGAACAUGUAGCAGAACCUGCUGAAUUUUGCAAAUCUUUGUCAGCACUAACUGCGUCUAAUGGAGCUACUGUCAUCUCAACAAUUAACCGUUCUAUGAGAGCGUAUGCAACUGCCAUUAUUGCUGCAGAGUACAUCCUACAUUGGCUUCCCAAGGGUACACAUCAAUGGUCGAGUUUUCUAACUCCUGAAGAACUAGUAAUGAUACUGCAACGUGCAUCUAUCUCCGUUGAAGAGAUGGCUGGCUUUGCGUUUGACCCUUUGACCGGUCAGUGGUCUCUUACUGAUGAUAUUGGUGUUAAUUUUAUUGCUUUUGGUGUUAAAAACAACCAAUAGUUCCCGUUUGAGCUUAAGUUACAAGCGUUCUUUAUUUAGUUAUUUGUAUUGAUAAGUAAUCAUUUUGCCUACCUGUCGGAGUACAGUUACAGUAAGUUCUUAGAAAUUAGAACACUCCUUUCUUGUAAUCAAAAUUUUUUAGCAGAUGGUUUGUCAUUUAUGUAUGUUUUUCUCAUGAAAA